GUAGUAGCGAACGUUACUUGCCUCUGAGAGUGUAGUUGGCUAAUAAACAUGAGGAGAGCUUGCAAUUUAAAUCUUUCUUUUACACUUUGCACAGCUUUCGCAAGGUUAUAGCCUUCACACCCUCACUGCUACAUGCAGAAAUCUCUUAUUUUAUUAUUUCACAAGACUGCCUGUGCAGGCCGACAACCCUUUGGAACAGUUGUCAGAUGUCAGCAGCUGUCAAAGGCAUGCAGAGCCUUCCUCGUCUCUUCACGCUUUAAACAGUUACCAUCACCCAUUCAUGCAGUAAAACUGUCAGGAGAAACCUGUCAUUUUUACUCUGUAUCUCAUAAGCAUAGCUUUCUUCAGAACUGCCCUCCCUGGCUUUACCUGAACUGGUGUUUUUGUAGCCAGCCAGACAUGUCAGAACAGAGGUUCAUCGUGGAAUAUGCCAAACGUGGCACUGCAGGAUGCAAGAAAUGCAAGGACAAAAUCAUGAAAGGUAUAAUUCGCAUUGGGAAGAUAGUGCCAAACCCUUUUAGUGAAUCUGCCGGGGAGAUGAAAGAGUGGUAUCAUGUGAAGUGCAUUUUUGAGAAGCUAGAGAGGGCAAGAGCCACCACAAAAAAGAUAGAAGACAUCACAGAGCUGGAAGGCUGGGAGGAGCUGCAGGAUGAAGACAAGGAUGUCAUUAAUAAACACGUUUCAGAUCUGAUGGCCAAAGUUAAUGCAAGUCCAAAAAAGAAGGUGCAGGGCAAGAUGAAUACCACUGGUCAGCUGAUGGCCCCUCCUGCUGACCCAUCUGUCAACGCGCCGCGCAAGUUUUCAGGCUUCACUGCUACGAAGGCAGGCGGCUCCAGCAGCUCUGGGCCGUCCCCGUCCCCUGCCAAACCCAGCCAAGGCAGCCCUCUGUCCGCUCAGCUGUGCGACCCCCAGCACAAAGACUGCCUCUUCAGGGAGUUUCGCAAACUCUGCGCAGUGGUGGCUGAAAACAACAGUUAUAACACCAAGACACAGAUCAUCGAGAAGUUCCUGAGAAAGGGUGCUGCCGGAGACAAGUUCCACGGAGAUCUUUUCCUGACGGUGAAGUUGCUCCUGCCAGGCGUGGUAAAAAGUGUUUAUAACCUCAACGACAAGCAGAUUGUAAAACUCUUCAGCCGCAUAUUCAAGUGCAACCCGGACGACAUGGUGCGCGAUCUGGAGCAGGGUGACGUGUCUGAGACUGUGAGGAUGUUCUUUGAGGAAAGUAAAUCUUUUCCUCCUGCCGCCAAGAGCCUUCUUACCAUCCAGGAAGUAGACGCAUCCUUGAUGCGCCUCGCCCAGAUGACAAAGGAAGAUGAGCAGCAGAGCGAGCUGGAGGAUAUCGCCAAAAAAUCCACCAGUAAUGACCUAAAAUGCAUCAUCAGGCUAAUAAAGCACGACUUAAAGAUGAAUUCUGGUGCAAAACACGUUUUGGACGCCGUGGAUCCAAAUGCGUACGACGCCUUCAAGGCAUCUCGUAAUCUUGGUGAUGUGAUUGAGAGGGUCUUGAGAAAUCAGCAGGAGGCGUCUAACGGUUCAGGACCCAGGAAGCUCCUGACAGUGGAGGCCUCGCUCAUGACCCCCGUGCAGCCUAUGCUGGCGGAGGCGUGUAAAUCCAUCGAGUACGCCAUGAAGAAAUGCCCCAAUGGAAUGUACUCUGAGAUCAAGUAUGACGGGGAGCGCGUGCAGGUCCACAAGAAUGGAGACACCUUCAGCUACUUCAGUCGCAGCCUCAAACCGGUUCUACCGCACAAAGUGGUCCAUUUCAAAGACUACAUCCCUCAGGCCUUUCCUGGUGGCCACAGUAUGAUACUCGAUGCGGAGGUCCUUCUGAUCGACACAAACACCAGCAAACCUCUCCCCUUUGGGACUUUAGGGGUUCACAAGAAAGCAGCCUUUCAAGAUGCCAAAGUAUGUCUUUUUGUCUUCGACUGCAUCUACUUCAACGGUGUGAGUCUCAUGGAGAGGCCUCUGUCUGAACGCAGGAAGUUCCUGCAUGACAACAUGGUUGAAGUCACCGACAGGAUCCUUUUCUCAGAAAUGAAGCACGUCACCAGGGGAGCAGAUCUGGCUGACAUGAUAACGCGUGUCAUCAGAGAAGGACUUGAGGGCCUGGUGCUCAAAGAUGUAAAGGGCACCUAUGAACCGGGGAAGCGACACUGGCUGAAGGUGAAGAAGGACUACCUGAACGAGGGAGCAAUGGCAGACACGGCUGACCUGGUGGUCCUGGGAGCCUUCUAUGGGAAAGGGUCAAACGGAGGCAUCAUGUCCAGUUUUCUCAUGGGCUGCUACGACCCAGAUGCCAAGAAAUGGUGCACAGUCACCAAGUGCUCCGGAGGCUACGAUGACGCCAUGCUGGCCCGGCUCCAGAAAGAGCUGGAUGUGAUCAAAAUCAGCAAGGACCCAAGUAAACUCCCAGGCUGGAUAAAAAUCGUCAAGAACUAUUAUCCGGAUUUUAUUAUCCGUGAUCCUGAGCAAGCGCCCGUCUGGGAAAUCACGGGGGCUGAGUUCUCCAAAUCUGAAAUGCACACUGCUGACGGCAUCUCCAUCCGCUUUCCUCGAAUGACGCGAAUCCGCGACGACAAAGACUGGAAGAGCGCCACCAACCUGCACCAGCUCAAAGAGCUGUACCGCAUAUCGAAGGAGAACUUUGACUUUAAAGUGACGGCCGGUCCUUCAACAUCCAACGAUGACAAAGGGUCAUCAGGGGGAGAUAGUGGAGGAAACUCUCCGUCAGGCCCCAGGAGCGCUCCACCCAAGAAGCAGCGCAACAGCACACCGUCCAAACCAAAGGCGGUGAAGUCCGAGCCUCGGACCCCCAAAUCAGAAGCCCCCAAGGCAAAAAAGAUGAAGAAAAGUGAAAGUGUUCACAGCAACGGCCAGCCCAAACCGCAAGCAACAUCUCAGCUGCUGGAGCCCAGACACGACAAGACGCUGCUGGACAUAUUCAGCGGGGUGAAGCUGUUCCUCCCCACCUCCGUUCAGGACUUCAACAAGUUGAGGAGGUACUUCGUGGCGUACGAUGGAGACCUGGUCCCGGACUACGACGCUGCGUCUGCCACGCACACGCUGGCCGAGCCCGACGACAACGGCCAGGCCCAGAAGGUGUCAUCCAGCUGGAUCUGGGAAUGCAUCCGGAAGAGGCGCGUCGUCCGUCCCUGUUAGAGGAACGGAUAAAAAAGACAAACCACUGCUCAGCUGUUGAACUUGUUCUGGUUGAACGGGUCGUUUGUUUGCAGGGACACAUUUCAGUUGAAGCUGCUCUCAGGUCAUUUCUUCCACCAUUGCAAGGCUACCAGACUUCUUAUUCAGUUCUGACAUCUGAUUUCCUUUCGUCAUGUCCUGUUUGGAAAAUUAUGUAAUAUGUAGCUUUUUUGUGAGAACUUACAAAAUUUAGUUAAAGCCAGUAAACCAUGAACUACAUCAGCUGAACAACUUUAACGGUUCAUUAUGAGAAGAAAAUACUAUUUUUUAACGAAGACAUUUGUGAGAAAUGAUCAUGAACUGACAGCAAAUCAUUCUGCCUUCAGAAAUAAACGAGAUGCUGAUGA